GGUAGGUAGAACGUGGCAUAGCCUGCCGCAUUGAAGCCGUGUGGCAGAGAUAGGACAAACGUAUACGAUAUAAUACGCAGCGCUUCCGGAUGGUAAUACCGUUGUGAUCGUACCGUAUGCGAACGCCAUAUCGACUGACUUUGGAGGCUUAGAAUGACGCAACGCCACUCGUCGUUGGCCGUGUACAUCGACUUCCCGAUGGCCUGUUGCUGCGAGACCUUAUCACUCGAUGCUGAGCGGUUGUCCAGCUCCUGCACGCCAGUCGAUUUCACUUGACGUUGAGACCUUGGAAUGCCGGAGAUGCAGGGAGCUUGUCUCGGAGACUCGAGCAGGUCCAGAUCUGCCUCUUCUACGCCGCCGAUUUGCGUGACGUUGCACGGGGAUCCAUGAUUUUGAAUCCAAGCCACGAUUGACGUGGUGUAUUGUUUCAGAAGAUAUUGCUGGCCGUUCGUAAGACAGGAAUCUCAACGUCGGCGACAACCGGCCUAUGGUCAGACAGAUAAACGCCGUCAUCGAACUUGUUCGAGAGCACGCCAAAUGUCUUGAUGGUUGCCGGGCUCGGAUCCUUCACAAACAAAAAGUCUAUUCUCUUCGGUUCCUCGUCCGGCUCGUCAAACGACGUGUACGUGAUUUCGUUCCCGUAUCGCUUCGCUUUAGGAACCUGAGUUGAGACAUCGACCAUGCCUGACCCCGGCGCCACCAUUGUCUUGUAGGCAUUAUCAUCCGGGGUACUGUUAAAGUCACCCGCAAGCAGGACGGUUGUCGGAGGUUUUCCGUUUGCUCCUUUGCUCCACUCUCGGGCAACGUUGAGAAGCAGUUUGGCGCUCUGCUCUCGAGCGACAACCCCUAUAUGAUCGAAGUGCGUACUCAUGACAACGACACGCGAGUCUGUCUGUUUAUCGAGAAACUCCCCGACGGUGACAACACGGUUCAGUACGGCAUCCCAUCCUCUAGAUGGCUUUUCUGGUGUCUUGCUCAACCAAAAAGUUUCAUUCCGCUCGCACUGCCAACGUCCAACCUGGUAGAAUACUGGUGAGAAUUCGCCACCUCGCUUGCCGUCAUCACGACCGAGACCUAUAUGUCCCCAGGCAGGACCGAGGUAAGACUGGAUGUCUUCGAGUUGAGAGUAGAGGACUUCUUGCAGACAGAUGAAUGCUGACUCAUGGCCAGUCGUAAGGAAGUCCAACUGAUUGCAGAGUUUCGGACCCCGAAAGCUCCACGGUUUCUCAUUGGGAGUGGGUUUCGUCGUUGCGUACCGGACGUUCUGGCUCACUAGGCGGAGCAGCAUAGACCUGGCCGCUGCCGACUUUGUAUUUUCAAGUUUGACGAGCAUGAUGAAUGCGCAAUAGAUGAUCAGUUGCGCAACAGACGACCAGUCGAGCUGUGAGAGAACUUGAGAUGUGUUGUACAAACAAACUUGGACAGCGGGAGCUUGACGGUAGGCCAAGGCCGUGCGCCUUAGCUGCGGAGACUAGAGGUUGACGGCAGAACGCCCAGGGGAAGGUGAUGGGCGCGAAGAGCAACAAGAAGUCGGAUAGAAAGGAAUUUGACGAGCGUUACCUGACUCGACAAUACUCUGAGAUGAUGAGGUGUCGUUGGAUGAAUUGGAUCUUUGACGUUGGAACAAAGCUGAAGUUCGCUUUACUUGGGAUGGAAAGAGCAGGCAUCCUCCUGCCCCAUCUCCUGCCCUGCGGCCGCCCCAGCACCUGCCCGCCCCGGCCCCCGGCUGGCAAGUGGGUCACGUGCUGAUUCUGGAACUUCGCGGGGAAGGAAGCAACGGCCGCGGCGGCUGGCCCAAGCUCCUGCAUUCUUUGGCGAUCCGGGGUCUGCUGGGCAAGGUAAGAAGGUAUGUAUUUUCGCCUCCCCCGGAUCUUCCUCUUUGGAAUUCCAAGCUGAGCAGCCAGCCCAUUUUCGGUCCCUACCUUACCUUACAUGCCUAUCUACCGACCAACCAACCAACCUACAGAUAUCGGCGCAACCACCACGAUCCUAUUGCUUAGAUCAGCCUCGAAGCAUACGGUAGUCGACUCACGCCACGGACCAUGGCAAGAAGACGAAUUGAGACGGCGGGUUUCCCAUCUGUCAAAUUUCACAAUGGGGCCUGGCAUUCCUGCUGAUGCCUUCACCGCUAAUUGAUGGCGCCAGUAUCUGAUGGAAUGCCUCGGAAGCGUCCAUCUUCCCAGUCAGCAGUCUUUUGCGAGGUAACUCGAAAUUUGUCACACACUCCCACGACCCCCAAGCCUUAUCUCCGCAUUUUCGUUGGAUGCGCGACCAGCCCUCCCUCCAUCUCAACGUCCCGAGACUCUGGAUGGCGUUCUUACGUGGGAAUAGCAGCUAGGUAAGGUAAGCUGGCGCAGACAAUAGUCCAGUUUCACUGCCUUGCGGGUCGAUUACUCACCAUCUUAGGAUAAGUAGGGCAGCCUGGUGUCACACGAUCCAUCCAGCCUUUCCCAAACAGCCGGCCUCUCCCAGUAAGCGCCUUUGCGCGGCGGGCUGAUACCAGCACGACGACCCACAAACCAGUCACGUUCUUAUCACGGCCCGCUGCCCGACUUCAUUUUUCGAGCCGUGAUUCAGGCCUCAUGGGAUGGCAGCGGCUACGGUUCUAGGAGAUGUUCGUCCGCUCUUGUCAAAUCCAAGUCAUGACGCAAUGUGUACACAGUCGGUGAACCAGCUGACUUGUUUUUAAGUCAAGACAGGACCUUGGAAAGGAACCAGGGUUAUUCGGACAAACUAUCGACAUUUCCACUUGAAUACGGGCCUCAUUUGAGCUGCUUCGUAUUUCGCAAAGUUUCGGGGGGUUUCUCGGAGAAGUCAGGAAGGUUGGAGAGGUCAGAGGCCUCAUAGCCGAAAGACGAGUGUGCUGCAUGCCCAUCUCGCAGCGGUUCAUGCACCGUGGCGAUCUUCCAUUUCUGAGGCUGAGGGUGGUGCAGGAUUCGGAUGGGUGACUGGCCGAAGCGAGGGUGCGAGCAGCAAAGGCUCCCGACUUCACCGAGGAAUCAUCGGAAUUUGGCUGCCUUUUGUCCAAUCUGCAGUGCGGUGUGAGGCCGGUCUGUCGAGCUGACUCAAAUGCGCCACUUGGAGGCGUCAUGCAAGGUACGCCAGCCGCUCUAGCAAGCGUGGGAGGGCGAUCAAAAACUUGUCCCUUGGCCAGUCUAGUCGACAGCUGUCUUGCACAUUCCUUGCUUGCAGGUUCAUGGCCUCGAAAAUGCGCACCGGUCAAGCGACGGUGGUUUUGCACACUGAGGGAAUCGGCACGUUCGGUUGGCGCUAUGGUGGGCAAGGUAGUCAUCUGCCUGACUCGGCCUCCAACCAAUACGUGUGGUGGUUGCAAAUCUGUCUCAGCUUAUUCAUAUAAGCCGCGGUAGUCGCGCGCCGGUCGACACACCCACACGGAGGAACGCGAAGCAACCAAAAGACCGGAUUUCCUUGCGGUCUGCCAGGAAUUGGGAUAGAUUUCAAUACGAAUCCCAGCCCGGUGCCUCAGCUUACCACCAUUUCCGGAUGCGUAUCUCUGCUUCUGGCUGCACCCCGGCCAUUUGGAGACACUGCACAGCUUUUUCCCAGACACUCAUGGCGGGUGAGGAGUCACGCUCCUCAUAGGCCUCUUUCACGUGGGGGUUGAUGGUGGCUGGCUGCCCCGCGAUAUUGAGACCUCUGCACUGGGCAAUGGGCACUGGUGACCACCAUCUUCCAGCCAUACAAGGCAGCUCUUGGCUGGGUUAACGUGACUGAGCCGAAUCACCAGCCAGCCUGCAACCUUGUCGGUGUGCGUGCGUGCUUGCGUGUGUGGGUGGGUAGGUGAAGGCAGUGUCGGAUAACGUCCGCCUUGCACAUCCUCUGCCUGGCUGAGGCUGCGAUGGAAACAUAUAAGUACGAGUACACCGCCUCGUCUCCAGCUCGUGUUCCUUCACCUCGGUCUGUCACGUUUUACAGCAUCACAUCAUUGCUGAAACCACAGACAAGAUCAAGCUACUUGCCACUUUCGUUUGGUAUACUUUUGAGCCGGCGCAGACCGGCGAGGACCUAACUCGUCUUGUCAGUGAUUUUACUGUUCAGACGCCUAUUUCCGCAACUAUCAAGACCAACACACAACUACUACCAAUUCAACAAACAACCGGCGCGAUGCCUCAAACACCAAAGACACCCUCACGGCGAGACUCAUGGCCACCAACUCUGGUGCGCCUCGCCCCUACAAUUCCCAAGGACUACCCAUCUCUCGACGACAUUGACGAGGACCCCUUGACCUACUUCCUCACACCCGCGCCUGACCUGGAGGAUGAUGACGAGGACGACAUGACCAUGAUGGACUUUGACGCCGGCAUCGAAGACGACAGCGAGCGCGAGAUUGUCCGCAGCGUGAGCCCCUCAAGCCUGGACGGCCUGGACAAGUCAAAGGGCCGCAGCAAGUCGCCGCCUGUACCCGACCUCUCGGACCUAGCCACGCCGGACACGGACGACGAGGAGGAAGACUACAUUCGCUUCGCGCCGCACGGGUUCAUGAUCCCCUUUAGUCUGCGCGACUUCGCCAUCGACGGCCUCAAGUCCAUGGCCAAGUCAAAGUCCCGCCCUUCUAAGCAAUCACCGUUGGACAACAACGUGCUUCUCUCGCCGUCGUCGUUCCCGCCUACCCGGGGCCGAGCACCCGUGCGACCGGGCGGUGGGCGGGGCCGGCAGAGGACGACGUCGUACCGGCACCAUCGACCGCAGCAUGUCUGGCGCGAGCCGAGCCCGGACGUCUGGUCUAUUGAGGAGGAGACGGAGGAGGUGCUCCUGAGCGAGAUGGGAAGCAGCGUCGGCGCCGUGAGCGACAUGGAGGACGACGAGAGGGAGGAAGACGCGGCGGCGUGUCCAGCCAAGAGCGGAGACGUACAGGCUGCGAAGGCGAAGAAGAAGGUCCGGUUCCUGUUGCCCUCUUUGGAGUGAGCGACUGGUACAAGCAUUACAGCAUUUCACGGCGUUUCUGGGGUAAAGCAUAUUCUAUCUGCAUUGGGAGGUUUAUCGUCACUUUUUACUUUCCCAUCUUCAUUUCCUUCCUCUCUUUCGGUAUACGCCGCCCUCUGGUAGGGGGUUAUUUCUAACAGCAUGCAUGGGUGUAUGGGAGUUUUGCACAAUGCCCGUCAUUUUGGAUGGUAAUUUGGGUCUUGGAGCAUUUCUUCCAUCUUUUUCCGAAGGAUGUGGCACACGGGCAUCUUUGGAGGGGGGGCAUAUGGGAAUUCGGGGCACAGACACACACACAGAUUUUUAGGUGCAUAAUUGGA